UGUCCCUUGGACGCAGCGGAUCACCGAUCCACGGAAAGAGCCGAAGAUGUCAGCUCGGUCAUGUGAUCAGCUGUGUCCAAUCACAGCUGAUCGCAUGUGCACUGAUCAUCAGGGUACUGAUGAUCAGUGUGCCCUGAUGAUUUGUGUAGCCCCAGCAGUGCCACCUGUCAGUGCCAGCUGUCAGUGCUCAUCAGUGCCACAUAUCAGUGCCCAUCUGAGCUGCCUUUCAGUGUCACCUAUCAAUGCCAGUCAGUGACACCUAUCAGUGCUGCCAGUCAGUGCCACCUAUCAGUGCCAGUCAGUGCUGCCAAUCAGUGCCGCCUAACAGUGCCAGUCAGUGCCACCUAACAGUG